AUGUCGAUGACGGAUAUUCUUAUUAAUGUAGCGAACACGCUGCUUAUUGCGCUCCAGUAUGUGUUAGUUGGCUUGCUCUUUGCAGCGUACACCCUGUGGUACUUGCUGAAGUUCACUUCUCGUUUUGUUAUCACCUCGACAGCGUUUUUGUACGAACCGGUUGUCUCUUUCAUGUAUGUUCUAUUUGAAAUCACACUAGCUGCACCGUAUCGCGCCUUCAAACAGUUGGCUGUCGUUUUCUAUCCACUUUACAUUUUUCUCUCAUGGUCAGUCUUCGUCGGUGGUAUUUCCGGGACACUUUUGGCUUUCAUUGCUAGUGGGAUGGAUGACGCGUUCCAAACACCGGUUGUUUCGCCUAAAAAUCAUGUUGACACUGAAUACGAUCGAAUAUUGGCUGCAGAAAAGGACAGUUUUGUUUAUUCACGCACACGUUCCUCGUCAGAAGACAGUCCACCGGUCCAAAAGGAGUUGGGAAGUCAUCCCAAUCCGUCAAUUGAAACGCUUAUUGUCGCGCGUGUGCCUACUCCAACUGUGCGCCAUAGAACAACGAGAGACUUGAAUUCGUCCUUCUCGUCUUCAGAAACUAGUGAUGUUUAA